UAUUCUUCCUGAAACUGAAAGUAAAGACCGACAUUUUAAAUGCGGAAAUAGCAUUGCCAAGAACAAGAAGAACGGGGAGGGACAGGUGUCUGAGGCCAUGGACUCGGACACAGAGGUUAAAAGGAUCCUCCGUGUGAGGAAGGAUGAUGGUCAUGAGCGUCCAGAAGCUCCUCCCUCUAGUUACGGCUCAAUGAAGAGUGACGAAGAGGAGGAAGACAUCACAGAAACAACCGAGCCACUGGCCAUACCUGAGAUUCCAGAAUCAAUCUUUGGCACCACAUUGUUACAGCUGAACCGCUCAGACUCACCAGAGACCCUUCACACAGAGUUCACCCAGCAACAGUCCCUCUCUGCCAGAAAACAUGGAGCAUACAUCACUGACAGUAGAUCGGAAGAUGGUUUGGAGGAGGUGGAGGAGGAUGGAGAUGAGGAAGACUGGGACGGGUGCCCCCCAGACUCCCCAGAGCCCCCACCCAUCGAGGACCCCGAAGACCAAUCAGUGAGUGAUGAGCAGAGUGAAGAUUCCCGACUGGGCCAGCUUCACCCUGAGCUAGACCUUCCGUACAUAUUUAAGGCCAUACAGAAAGCCUUAUCUCAGCUGACAGGCGCUGAGAUGUACCAGUACAAGCGCAGCCUGUGUUGGCGUGACCAGCCCUUCACCCUGGAGCAGCUGCAGGAGUGUGACACCCUGGACGUGGUGGACAAGAUCAUCGAGGCAUAUGGGAGGGGCGAGGGGCUGGAGAUAGCCAUACAAACCAUGCACGAUAUCCGAAAGCCCGAAUUGGCAGAAGAGCUGGUCAAGACAUGCAGGAGAGCACUGGUCCAGUUGUCUGUGAAGGUUGUGCUGAAGAGGAAACACAGCACCAUCCACGAGGGCAUCCCAAAGGCUGGCCAGCAAGUCAGCCUCCACAGAGUGUACACCGAGCCCCAGAUAUCCUCCUGUGGCCAUGGUGGUAUCAGCCCGUUUCACGAGUUCCCUGGCAUGCCCCCGGCCCCUGUCCCCCAGGUGGCCUCCCCCGAUACAUUUGUCAGAGGGAAUGAUAUAUUCCGCACCCCUCCCGGGAGCGGUGCUGUAAGGACUGUCCUGACCACAGGGAUCCCUGGGAUAGGCCUAACGGUCGCCGUGCAGAAGUUCAUUAUGGACUGGUGCAAAGAUCUAGCCAAUAGGGACAUCCAGUUCGUCUUCAAAAUCACCUUCCGGGAGUUGAGGGUUAAAAAGUAUCAUCACAUGAAGCCUGGGCAAACUCUGUCCUUCAAGAAAAUGCUAACCUACUACUACCACGACUUGAAAGACACUAAUUUACUGGAACAACCUGACUUCAAGGCUCUAUUCAUACUGGAGGGAAUGGACCUCUACCAAUCCCCCCUGGACUUCAAGGACACUCCUGUCCUGUCUGACAUCACUGAGUCGGUCUCAUUAGACUGCCUGUUGGUGAACCUGAUCCGAGGGUCUCUGAUGCCCUCCUGCCUGGUCUGGAUCACUGGCAGGCGUGCCGCCACCUCUCAGAUCCCUACAGAGUACCUACACAAGGUGUACGAGAUACAGGGCUACAGUAAUGAGUUGAAGGAGGAGUUCCUGACCAAACGCUACACAGACAAGGACCUAGCUGCUCAGAUCAUCACCCAGAUGAAGAUCUUGCCCUCGCUGUACGACCUGUGCCAAAUGCCCUUCAUGUGCUGGAUGGUCUCCAUGAUCUUCGAGAGGGGAUUCCAGAACGAAGAUAACUACGGAGACAAGCCCCCCAAGCUGACACCCUUCUAUGUUCACCACGUGAUCGUUCAGACCAAUCGCAGGCUGGAGAAAUACUACGAUGCCCCGCAAAACUACCAGACCUGGCAGGAGACCGACAGAGAGUUCUUGAAAAAGGUGGGCAAGAUGGCGUUUAAGCUCCUGGAGAAGGGUCGCCCCUUGUUCCACGAGGAGGACAUGAAGGAUUACUCUCUGACCGUGGAGGAGGUGGCUGUGUACUCUGGCAUCGUGACAGAGCUGCCGGUCGAGUCGAAAAAGAGGCGGACGUUCAGUUUCAUACACUACACCUUCCAGGAGUUCAUGGCAGCCCUCUAUGUGUUCAUGAACUUCCGCAAUGAGGGGAAGAAUGUUCUAGACCAGUCCCGCCUUAUCUCCCGCCUCGUCAAGGACCGUGCCAUGGUGGACCUGCUCCGCAGCGCCAUCGACCGAACCCUGAGUGCUCCUUUCGGCCGAUACGAGAUGUUCCUGCGCUUCCUGUGCGGCAUGGCCCAGAGGAUCAACAGCAAAGACAUGCUGCGAGGGCUCUUCUUUGAGCACGAUACCCCUCUGGUGAAGGGGCUGGAGGAGGCGGCCAGGCUGCUGCAGAAGAGGAUGGAAAGCGCCGAGCCCGAGAGACAGGCCAACCUGGAAGAGUGCUUCAGAGAGCUGACACAGUCUGAUGACUGAACCGACCAGGGGAGGACUUCCUGUGACGCAUGGCUCAGACUCUACACAUGCGUAUCCUUUCAGCAUUUUUAUAUUGGGACUUGGGAAAGUGUUAUGCUGAAACCUGGAGACUCAAAGCCACAACACCAAACCACACAGUCACUAUGUGAAGGCUGUGACAUGGUGUUGACCUACACUAGUUUUAGAGACCAACA